AUGCCAGAGAUCAUCGAUGAAGAAGGUAAUUUACUGCCACCAGAAGCCAUCAGGGAAGCCGCCGGUGCUGCUGGUGGCAGCGGAGGUGCGGAGGAGGCCAGCGUCAACCUGUUUAAGAAAUACGAGCUAGGGAGGCUCCUGGGAUGCGGAGCCUUCGCCAAGGUCUACCACGCGCGGGACUUGCGAACGGGCCAGAGCGUGGCGAUCAAGGUGGUGAACAAGCAGCGGAUCCUCAAGGGAAAUCUCACGGAGAAUAUCAAGAGGGAGAUCUCUAUCAUGCGCUGGCUGCGCCACCCCCACAUCGUCCGCCUCCACGAGGUUUUGGCGACCAAGACACGGAUCUACUUCGUCAUGGAGUUUGCCAAGGGCGGCGAGUUAUUCGCGAAAGUCGUGAAAGGCCGAUUCAGCGAGGACCUCAGCCGCAAAUAUUUCCAACAAUUGAUCUCUGCAAUAGGUUAUUGCCACUCACGCGGCGUUUUCCACCGUGAUCUGAAACCGGAAAACCUGUUGCUGGACGAGAAUUGGGAACUCAAGGUCACGGAUUUCGGGCUCAGUGCCUUGACGGAUCAGAUCCGACCCGACGGCCUCCUACACACCCUUUGUGGAACCCCAGCCUACGUGGCGCCGGAAAUCCUCGCAAAAAGGGGUUACGAUGGCGCCAAGGUUGAUGUAUGGUCUUGUGGGGUUAUACUGUAUGUGCUAAGUGCGGGUUAUUUGCCGUUCAACGACCCGAAUUUGAUGGUGAUGUACAGGAAAAUCUACAAAGGUGAAUUCCGGUGUCCCAAAUGGAUCUCACCCGAUUUAAAACGGUUCUUGACCCGAAUCCUGGACCCGAACCCGAUUACCCGGAUUUCAGUUAAUGAGAUCGUGAACGACCCCUGGUUCAAAAAGGGGUACAAGGAAAUCAAAUACCCGGUUGAUAAUGAGUUCGAGUUCAAGGAUUCUGGUGGUGACAUGGAGGGGAAUAAGUUCUUGAAUGCAUUCGAUAUUAUAUCGCAUUCCUCCGGUGUUGAUCUGUCCGGUUUGUUCAAUAACAAUCCUAAUCGUGUUACUAGUGAAAUGUUCAUAUCAGCCGAAUCACCGGAGAGAAUAAUUGAGAGAAUUGAGGAGGUGGCUAAAGAGGAAGGCAUGAAGGUGACUAAGAAGGGAAAGGGGAUAAGACUGCAGGGGAAUUUCACCGUUAUGGUGGAGAUUAACCGGUUAACGGAGGAGCUGGUGGUGGUGGAGGUGAAAAGAAGUGGACGUGGACGUGAUAUAUGGAAGGAGAAAUUCACGCCAAAGCUGAAUGAUUUGAUUUACCAGUCGAAAGGGCAGGUUGCCGGAUUGUCCUGA